AUGACGGCGCCAGCGGCGAGCGCCGAUGUGCAGACGGCCAUCUUCAAGAAGCUAUAUCCCGUCGACUUUCUGCGCCGGCACCUGGACGAGCAGGUGCGUGAGGAUGGGCGUGCGCCUGCCGAGUUCCGCGCGGCGUCGGUCGCCACUGGCAUUCUGUCGCAGAGCAACGGCAGUGCCUUGGUGCGCUUCGGCAGCGGCACCAUGGUCACCGCGGCGGUGCAGGCGCAGGUCACCGAGCCUCAUCACGACCGCCCGAACGAAGGAUUUAUCGUCCCGAGCCUUGACUUGUCCCCGCUCUGCUCGCCGCAGUACAAGCCGGGGCCGCCGUCGGACGACGCCCAGUGCAUGGCGCACUACUUGCAGCUCUUUCUCGAUCAGUCGCUCGCCGUCUCGCGCGAGUCGCUCUGCAUCGAGCCCGGCGUGGCGGCGUGGGCGCUGCACGUCGAUGUCGUCGUCGUGAGUGCCGACGGCAACGUGCUCGACGCCGCGGCGCUCGCAGUCGUUGCGGCGCUCGCCGACUGCCGCCUGCCGACGCUGCUGCAGUGCAGCGGCCCCUCGUCGUGUGUCUUUUCGCGCGAGCGCAACCAGAAGCUGGACCUGCGCGUGUGGCCGGUCCUGUCGACGUUUGGCCUCUACGACUCCACCUAUAUCCUUGCGGACCCUGCAGCAUUCGAAGAGUCGCUCCUCUCGGCGCACAUGCACAUCGGCAUGACCGAGGCGGACGACGACGCGGACGUCUUUUUCGUGCGCCUCGCAGGGAAUGCCAUGGCGGCCAAGGCGGGUCCCCAGGUGCUCCGGAACGAGGCGCUGCUCGAGCAGUGCAUCCACGCGGCACGGGCGCGUGCGGCCGUGCUGCGCAAUCUGCUGCGCGAGUCGCUGAAGCAGUGA